UCAAAUUGUCCAAUUUUGUUUACAAGCUGAAGGAAAAUUAAAAAAUAUUUAUUUUGGAUAGGUCAUCAACUAUUAACAGACCAUGAUGGACAUAGAGCAAUGUAUUACAUAUCCAUGUAAUUUGCAAAUGUAUAUUGUACCACCUACUGGGAAGAUUAGAUCAGAAGAGUUACGAGAAUGGUGUAUUGAUAGAGUAAGAGUUCUAAAAUUAGUAGAGGAAAUAUUAAUGAAAAAUUAUAAAAAAACACCUGUGCAAUGUGCAGAAACUUUAAUACAUGAAUUGGAAAAUAAUGGUAUCCACGAAUUUGCAAAUCUCAUAAAUAUUCAUAAUUAUUCCCACAGUGGAGUAGAACAUUUUGUAAGAUACGAUUGCGCAUCACAUUUUAUACUUAGAUCCGCAUUUUCAUUUGAGCAAAAUAAGAAAAAAUGGUUUGUCAAAUACGAAACCAAGUUAUUUGCUUGGCGACUUUCCUUCUUAGAUAAAGAUAAUGUAAAAAUGCUGCUUGAUCUCAGUAAUCUUCAAUAUUCCAUUGUGAGUUCAGAAGAAAUAGAACAAAUAAAAGAUGAUUUAAUUCUGUCAUCUGUUGAAAAUGUCGCUAAUAUAAAAUUUUAUAAAACUUCUUUUAAUAAUGUAAUAAGAGCAGUUAAAAAGCGACAUGUAUAUAUAAAAAAUGGCAUCGCUUAUGUACCAGAAACAAAAAUGUUUUGGCUAAUUAUACCUGCGUUUAAUAAAACAUUAAUUAAUGGAUUUGCCAAUGCACGAGUAGUUGCAUCAAAUACUUAUGGAAACCUUAAAAUAACAGAAAUUUUAGGUACAUUAUCAAGUCUUAUUAAAACUCGAUCGUUCAAGUGCAAUUACCACAAUGAUGUCCCUAUCGAUCAAUUGGACGAGUUAUCGAGGACAUCUUAUCCGUUAUGUAUGAGAUUACUACACGAAGCACUAAGAACAAAGCAUCAUCUCACAAAUGGUGGUAGAGUUCAAUAUUGUUUAUUUCUUAAAGGAAUUGGUCUUAGCCUUAACAAUGCAAUACAGUUUUGGAAAGAUGAAUUUACCAAAACAGUUGAUGAAAGAACUUUCGAACGAGAAUAUAAAUAUUAUAUUAAGCACUUGUAUGGAGAAGUAGGCAGACGUGCGAAAUAUGAACCGUCUCCUUGUUUUAAAAUAUUCAAGGCUGAAGUUGGUUUAAAAGACAAUCAUGGUUGUCCAUAUAAACAUAUGGAAUUACAUAUCCUUAAAAGUACCCUUACUAAAUGUGGACUAAUUCGAUCAGAUAUAAACUCAAUAGUGGAACUUUCAAAAGAUGGUCAUUAUUUGCAAGCAUGUAAAAGAUAUUAUGAAGCUAAGGAUUUGUGUAUUAUAGGAAACACUAUUGAUCAUCCAAAUGAGUUUUUUGAAUAUAGUCGUAAAAAUAUUCAAACUGAGUGCCCAGAUGUGGAAGACUAAAACGAAAUCUUAUACACAUGUAAUAUACACAACGUAAAAAAAUAUCGAUUUCAUUCCAAAAUAAUUUUAUCCAAGUCGAUAUAUGUACUCAACAAAAAUGUUUACACGACUACCCCUCUGUUUAUGUUCGUUAUAUAUAUGCAGACUGCUGUUAAUACUUAUAAGUAUUAACAAUGUUGGCAGUAUUUACAAGAUUCAAGGUUUUGUUAAGUUACUAAAUACAGAUCUAAUUAUUAUUAGAUGAUCUGAAAUAUAGGAUCACCAUAAGUGUAUGGUGAAAAAAUAAUUUCAUUUGUAAUACAAUAAAGAAGUUGUAAUUAUAGAAAAAUUAACAAUUAUUACAGACGGUAUUGUCCCAAGUUACAAAGAGAUAAAUUUGUUUAAUGGAUAGUGCUGUACUUCUAUUAACUAAUUCAAAGAGAAUUGUAUCACAUAAUUCUCUGAACGGACAUCUUGAUAAAAGACCAUCUGUUUCACAAAAUGUACAGAUAUUCUUCUAUGCCUGCGAAGUGAUGAUAUCAUUAUCCUUCCCGUACAUUUUGUAUCAUUUGUAAAAAUUGUAUAAAGACAAGUAUUUCAAACUAAGUUUUCUAUAAGAUGCAAUUAUAACUAUUUAUGUGUAAUAUUCCUUGAAUUAUAUUAGAUUAGGACCAAUCAUCAGUUCGUCAUAACGUAUAUCUCAACAUGAAUAUGAAUGGUGUACACCGCAUGUACAUACAAUGAAUUCUACGCGUAUGUAUAUCCAACGUCUAUGGCGGCGCGUAGAUUAGCAGAGGCCUCCAACUUUUGUGAACUUCUAAAAAAGGUAUCUUGUUUAUACAAAAUAAAGUAUCAGGUCUCAGGAA